GUCACGACCGCGGCCAAAAAUGGUAAAAACCAAGUACAUAAGAGCACAAAUUUAUUGAUGAGAAUUGAUAGAAAACAUUCCAGUUAGGAAUAAUAUGAAUUUUGGUAGUGAUACGUCAAGUAGUUUUGCCUGUACGAGGGUUCAAAUCUGAUAGUUUUUGGCAAUCGGCAUUUUUCUAUUUUUUUCGGAAAAUUGACACUUUUUUCAUAUGUUCAAAAAUUUGAAUAUUAAAAGUAACGGUUAUAAAAAAAGUGUUUAUUUUAGUUACUUGGGAUGUCAAAAACUUGGCUUCACCUUUGUUUGGGUGUAAAUAGUGAUCAUAUGGUGUUUACAGUUACAAACACCUGUUGUACUUAGUUCAUCUAUUUUGUAAAGCAAAUCUUGAAAUUAGUGGAGUAGAAAAAAAAAGGUUAAAAAAGUUUAGUCUACAUUUUUGUUGAUUUUAGUUGUGAAAAUGACCACCUCUUUAAAAAACUGUGACAUAUUUUUGGAAUGGUUAGAAGUAAAGGAUCAAAGUAUGUCAUAUGUUCUGGCAAAACUUAAAGAAUUUAUUGAGGAUCGAAUUGGAAGGAAAAUGACGGGCGAAGAACACAUAAAGGUUAAAAAUAUUUGCUACAAAUUGUCUUCUACGUGGAAAAAAUACUAUCGAAAGAGGGAUAAAGUAGAAAUGGUCUUAAAAGAUUGGUUUCUUAUGGAUACGUUUAAAUUUGAUUCGGAACCUGAUAAGUCUACAUCAAGAGAUCGACCACGCAUUAUCUUUGAGGAAAGUUCAUGUAGAACAAAAAGGCGACGUGUAGGUGAACUUGUUGCAUCUACUUCGGCGGACAUCAUAACAACAGCUGCAAAAAGAUUUUCGAAUGUAAAGGAAAUGGACAUUAUUUCAGUGGAAAAAGCAUUGGCGCUCUACGUGGAUAUGGAUUUAUCAGUUAGACAGUAUAACAUGAUGAGAAAUGCUGUAAAUGCUAUACAUAAAAAUUGUUUCCCAUCGUAUUAUGCUAUAGCAGAAGCUAAGAAAAAAUUGAUUCCAGAAAAUAUAGAAGUGACGGAAACAUCAAUGAAUGUACCUCUACAAAGACUUUUGGAUAAUACCGCGAAGAGCAUUCUAACUAAACUACAAAUUUGCCAUAAAAUAAUUAGGAGCAACCGUUUGAAACACACCCGAAAAUGUGGUAGAGUCGAGUCAAAUAGGGAUUUAAUUCAGUAUUUGAUACUACAAUCGGACCCUGUAAUAUCCUUGAACAGUCAUAAUAUAUUGGCCCGAAAUUAUAACAUGGAAGACAUUAAAUCAUAUAUUUGUGAAGAAAAUAACUUAAAUAUUCCGGAAAUAUGUUCAGAAGAUGAAUCUGAUGAUUGCAGUGAGGUAUGUAGUGAAUAG